AUGGAGGCAAGCCAAAGUUGGAAUGGACCCGGGACAUCAUCUGCAAUGAAAGAUACUAAUGCUGUUGCAGCGAGUCAUCUGAGUUCAUUUACACAGUUACCGCCUAGUAAUAACAAUGACAUCAGUAAAGAUAAUAACAACAAGGAUAACGGUGGAAAAAACUCACUGAGUAUGUCAGCACCAAAUUCGAUUAAAAGAGAAAUUGGCGCAAGUUUAGAAGCAAAUGUUAUGCGCCGUCAAUCAGUUGUGGUAGGGCCGAGCUCAGUGAUUCCGAAUGAUGGCAUGUCGGAGACGAAAUUUCAUGCUUCAAAUUUUUCAUCCUUACUACCAAAUCUAGUGCAAACUCCCGGCAUGAUUUUUUUUGUCCAGAUCUUCCAAAAGUGCAAAUUAUCAACAGCAGUUUCAUGUCACCAUUAUCCAGAAUGGAUGGGUCAAUCCGGUGUCAGUCUAUAUCCCAGUUGUUCAACAGCUGCAGCAGCAGCUCUUGCCACACCACAAUAUUACUAUGCGGGAGUACCUUCACAAGCUUAUCUUAUGCAGCAAACUCUUGGUACUGAACUAAUGCCAUCAACUGCUAUACAAACAUAUAAUACUGCUGUCACUGCUACGACACAGUUAUCCAGUAGUUAUGAUUCUUUUCGAAUGAAUACUAAUUAUGAUCCGCUUUCAUCUUACCAACUACCGCAAAGAACUGGUAUGGAUGGGAAUCUUUGCGUUUUUCCUCCCCAGACGUUAAAUGGAACUAUUGCAAAUUCUGCAAUACAACCAGUAACCACAUCAGCACAAUGUCAGCAGUGCGGUAUUUAUAUUUCGGAUAUUGCAUGUAGUGGUACUUCAACAAUUUGCACCAAAUGCGCAUCCGAUCUCAUGAUACAUUAUAGCACUACUCGACCAGACAUGUCACAGCACAUUGUUUCAUAUUCACCAUUUCUAAACACAUCUUGCGGAACUGCGGAGAACAAUGAACAGGCAUUAGUGAGCGGACAACAGCAAUCUAUUCGAAUUAAUUCCUCUGGCAGUCGAAAUCGACAACUACAAAGGAAAAAUCAACCUCAACAUAAUUCGCAGCGAAGGCAAGGCUUGGUUUGCGCAAACUGCAGAGGUACUAACACAACAUUGUGGAGAAGGGAUGCUGAUGGACAUCCGGUAUGCAAUGCUUGCGGAUUGUAUUUUAAACUACAUCAAGUGCAACGUCCAAUAUCAAUGAAAAAAGAGGGUACUCUGCAAACACGGAAACGGAAACAAAAAUCGGAUGGCAUUCUACGACAACCUGUAACAUCGAAAAAGUUGGGCAAUCAUCAUAACAGAGGUAGCCGUACAUACGGAAGUUCCAAUUCCGCAAGCAGUUUGUUCAGUUCGACCGUUGAAACAGUUAGUGAUCUGGUCCAUCCCUAUAACGUUAUUUCAUCGGUCGGUUCAGUGAAUGAUGAUCAACUAUAUGCAUGGAAUACCGGAACUCAAUAUGAUACAUCUCAGGAAAUUUCUCUUUCAGGUUUGAAUGCGAAUAAUGUUUUGUCCCAAUCAUUGUUCUCAACCAAUCAUUACGACACAACAUCAGGGACGGAAAUGAUUACAACUGUUGGCAUACCAACUGAGGUAAUUCGAAGAAGUGAGGAAGAAGAAACAACAGCCGCCGUACAUUCAUUGCAAGUACUUAAGGAAGAAUGUGUCGAACCAAACGAUAAGUUCAACUAA